GCUGCUAGGUCUGCUCCCAUUUUACAUCACAGUUCCUCACUAGAUGGUGUGCACGCCACUGAAGGGUACACUUUCUUGUACAGUGGACUACGUCUCAACAAAACAACCAGGAGAACUAUACGGUGUGCCAUUUUUUAAUGGGUUGUAAAAAGGACCGUGUGGAAAUCUGAUUUGUGUUGAGGUUAUUCUUUUUAGAAGACUUGGGAAAUAUACAACCCAGCUGUGAUGGACAUAAUGUUUGCGGUGCAGGAUGCCUGUGUCUCUGGUCAAUGGCUUACUGCAAUAAUUCUCAGUCUGUGCUGCUUUCUGCCGUCUUGCUUGCCCGCGGGACAAACUGUGGACUAUUCUUCGAUUGAAAGUGUGGUGAGCAGACAAGGCGACACGGCUCUUCUGAGAUGUUACCUAUUGGAUGGGAUCUCAAAAGGAGCUUGGCUGAACCGGUCCAGCAUCAUAUUUGCAGGGAAUGACAAAUGGUCUGUGGACCCACGUGUCUCCAUUGUAUCAAGUGUGGGGGACAAACACGAGUACAGUUUGCAGAUACAGAAGGUGGAUGUAACAGACGAUGGCUUGUACACUUGUUCCAUUCAGAGUGAACGCAACCCACGACCAAAGCAUCUCCAUUUAAUUGUAAAAGUUCCUCCGAAGAUAUAUGACAUUUCUUCUGACAUCACAGUUAACGAGGGGAGCAAUGUAUCACUCAUCUGUACAGCCAGUGGAAAACCAGAGCCCACAAUCUCCUGGAGACACAUAACACCAUUGGCCAAGAAGUAUGGCAGUGGAGAAUAUCUAAACAUCUCAAGUAUCACCCGGGACCAAGCAGGGGACUACGAAUGCAGUGCUCUAAAUGACAUUGCCUCUCCAGACACCAAGACGAUGAAAGUCACUGUCAACUUUGCUCCAACCAUCCAUGAGACGAAGAGCCAUGCGGUAGGGCUAGGUCGCACUGCUCUGCUGAGGUGUGAAGCUGCAUCUGUUCCUGUCCCAACAUUUGAGUGGUACAAGGGAGAGAAAAGGAUUAACAAGGGUCAAGGCAUUGACAUCAAGAACCUCAGCUCCAGAUCAGUGCUCACCAUGACCAACAUGACAGAGGAUCGCUAUGGUAACUACACGUGUGUAGCCGUCAACAAGCUGGGGACAGCCAACACCAGUGUCCCUCUCAUUCCAAUUAUUGAACCUACCACAACUAGUGCUGUCUCAAGCCCAGCUAAGUGCAGUCUGCAUGUAAAGCAGGAUGUUGGAAGCUGUAUUUUAUCCCUCUCUUACGGUUUUAACACCCAACACCGCACCAUAUGGGAGUACAGGAAGUGCGCAGGUCCUAAUGGCCUGCCGGUACCUGGUCUUGGCUGUCUCCUCCUUCAUCAGUGUUUACUAGGGGAGGGCAACCAAACACAGUGACUGUAAAAAGCCUUUCAAGCGUUCAUCAAUGCUUUUACAGGCUGAUGGCUCGAUCCAAUCUGGUACAGUUUGUUUAAGUCAGUAUUGGAUAUAAUCAACAUUACCUUUGUGGGGAGUUUUAUUUUCUUU